GAGGUCCCCGAAUCUUCCUCAUAGGGCUCAGUGAGAAGAGUAUCAAGCUCCAUGGCUGAGCAUCGGGAACCAAAUCUCGACGACAAUGGUUCGAAGUCGUAUUUCCAGAAAAGGGUUGUACUGAGAGAUUGGUGGUUGAUAAAAUGCCCAAAGGAAUUCCAAGGCAAACGAUUUGGUGUUGCCGGAAUCGAAGAUUUCGUCGAGAAACGAGCAAAGCGUGUGCUUACAUCUUCUCCAAUCAUCAAAGCUUUAGAUGUUUUCACGCUCUUAGCAUCUGAUGGAAUCUAUAUCACUCUCCGAGGUUUUCUUAACAAGGAACGCGUUGUUCAAAAUGGGUUUACCCCUGAGAUUUCCCGUGAAUUCAUCUUCGGGUUUCCUCCUUGUUGGGAACAAAUUUGUAACAAUUGCUUUGGAGGAGGAGUCUCCUUAGGCACUGAUACCAAUACCGUCUCUUCGACAGUUGCUAAAGCUUCUUAUCCUAUUUUAUCUCCAUGUAAUAACAAGAAAGAGAAUUUAGAGGAGGAUAGUCCAGCUGAGGGAAGAGAUGAAAGCAAUGUGGCUGACACGAUUGCAGCUGAGAUUACUACUAAUACUGAAGAUGGUUCUAGACCAAGUUAUAAAAUUACUGCAAGGAGAAAGUCCCUUCAUCUGCAAACAAGAUUUGGUGGUGAAUCGAGUGAAGUCCACAAUACUACUACUGAUGGAGAUCAUGGUGGUGAAGGUUUGGAUGAGGCUAAGAGCGGAAAUGUAGAAAAUGAUACUUGUGAGGCUAUCGAUAAAGGAGUGGUAUCGCCAGCUGAUGGAUCUGGUAGAAACCAUACUGGUGCAGAUAAUGCUGAUAAAGUAACAAGUACGGUUACUACUGCAGUAUCACUGACUUCAGAACAGCAAAAAGGUGAACUUAGAGAUGGAUGCGAGGUUUUCAAUAAUGAAGACGGUGAAAGGAAACUCGAUGAGAGUAUACUCCAGAAUCUGACUACUAAUGAUGGAGAUCAUGGUAGUGAAGGUUUGGAUAAGGCUAAGAGCGGUGAUGUAGAUAAAGAUGAAUUUGAGGCUAUCAAUAAUGGAGUGAUAUUGCCAGCGGAUGGAUGUGGUAGAAAGCGUACCGAUGCAGAUAAUGUGGAUAAAGUAACAAGUACAAGUACUAAUGGAGAACCACUGACUUCAGAAGAGCUAAACGGUGAACUUAAGGUAACAACGGCAUCUCCACAUUCCCUGUUUAAAGACUUCGAUAAGAGUAGCAAACCUGGAAGGAAAGGAAUUUCGAAGAAAAGUCGCAAGACCCUCAAAAAAACCGGCAAUGUAGUGGAACCUAGUCAUUGUUCUGAGACCAAAGUCAAAAGUGCAACGAAGAAAAGGAAACCCCAGAAUCCGACUACGAAUGAUAAAGAUCGUGGUAAGGAAGGUUUGAAAAAUGUUAAGAGCGAUGACGUAGAAAGAGAUGAAUGUGUGGGUAUCAAUGAUGAAGUGAUAGAUGGAUGUGGUAGAAGGCAUUCUGGUACAGAUAGCGUUGGAAAACUAACAAGUAAGAAUGCUACUAAAGAAUCACUGACUUCAGAACAGCGAAAAGGUAGAGAGAAGGAAACAAAGACCACUCUGCUUUCAAAAGACUUGAAUAGCAAGCCUGGAAAGAAAGGAAGUUCAAAGAAAAGUGAAAAGACGCCUAAAAGAGACUUGCAAGCAGCUGAGGAAAACUUGUCAUGUGAAAGUGAAGAAAACUUGUCAUGGGGAAACACAAAGAGGAAGAUUGACUUUGAUGUCGAGGUAACACCGGAUAACAAAGUGAAGAAGCAGAAGACCAGUGUGGUGUCUACUGAUUCAUUGGGACAGAAACGGUCCAGAUCAGGAAGGGUGUUUAUGUCAUCACUAGAAUAUUGGCGCAACCAAAUUCCUGUUUAUGAUAUGGAUCGGAGACUUAUCGAAGUAAAGGGUGGUCAUGAAACUAACCCAACUCCAUCAAAAGGAAAAGGAUCUUAUCGUCGAAAGCCAAGAAGUUGAAAAUCAAACUUAUCUCAAACUUCGGUAACUACUAAUUAGGUUGUGGUCUCUCGUCUCUGAGUGACUGAGUCUGACCCUGUUAUUUUUUGGUUGGUCGUAAAAGCUCUCUCAGGAUUUGUAGCGUUGUAAUAUAUAUAUAUAGAUAUAUGUUUUAUUUUGGUUGGUCGUAAUAGCUCUCUCAGGAUUUGUAGCUUUGUAAUAUAUAUUUAUGUUUUAUUGAUAUCGCGUUCCACUAAUAUCUUAGAUUGACAAAGUAAA